GCUAUGUAGUUUCCAAUGAAUAACACAAAUUCUGUUUAAAAACAGGUGCUCCUGUGGCAAUUGUGAACAAAUGCCUACAGAGCCCGAGAAUAUCUGCUGUAUGGAAAUACCACAAGUUACACGAAGACUACAGCAGCUUCCUGAGCCACCAUCAUGCAUGGUGGAUCAUCCUGGCCUAGAACCUGUCUGCCUGAAUGUAUUUUCACUGCAGAAUGCACUGAACAUUUAUCGGGCAGACUAUGGACCUUUACGUCUGAGGGGAAUAGUGCACCAAUAUAGAUACCUAGCCUACAGAAGCUUUGUAAGCUGGUGCUGGGGCUUUCUGGGGCGGAGAGUGAGAGUUGUGCUGCCUGCCUGCGUGGUGCUGAGGAUUCGUGCAGAGUUCCCUGACGCAGAAGGACAGUAUGUUGGGUUCAGACCUGUCCUUGGUUGA